UCCUGGCCUAAUCCCAUUUCCUAGUUUCCUAUAUUUGCCCAACUGACGCGUACCCGUUCGCCGAUCAGGCCUCGUCCUCCUCGUCCUCCUCGUCCUCCUCGUGCAUCAGCUCAAACACGGAUGACACGGAUACGCGACUGCGCGACGGAUGCCGAUCCUCCUAGCGAUCCGAGCGCCGAGGGGGCUGCGGCCUGCGCCCCUCCCCUCCCCCCCAUAGGCCCCCAGCUGGCAAGCCGGCCAGCCGGCCAAAAGCCCAACUCCGGCAUCUGGGCAUCCGACGGCGUUUGGAUGUUAUUCAACAUGUCUCAUGUCCUACUUUCUCCCGUAGCGCUCUCCGCUCUCCGUGUCUCUCUCUGUCUCAUACUCUUGACUGAUCCGUCGUCUGGUAACGGACAGAUGACAGAUGAUACAUGACAGAUGAUAGCUAACAGCUGACAGCUGACAGAUGACAGCUGAAAGGCCAAGCCACGCCACAUUGUGAAACAUUCGCAAACUGACCAGCAUGGCUGAAGGUUCUCCGAGAUCUCAGAUCUCGAGUUAUUAUAGCCUGCAGCUUGUGUUACAGCUCGUGUUACAGCUUGUGGUUGUCGAGAAAGCGAUGCCCGCUAUCCUUUUCCCUUUUCUUUCCGUUGGGAUAUGCUCUCUUCGGCGAUACUCGUGCAACUCUUAUUCAUUUUCUCUUUCCG